GCAGGAUCACUGUCGCUCAUUGUUCAGACUCAGUAAUCUGACUGAAGCUUGCUUUUCAUAUGUACCUCCCAGCGAUCUCCCCUCAGAGUGAUUUAACUACAACCCUCCUACGGGCCGAGGAUUCCAACGUCGCCCUUUACUGGGCGAGAUCAAGUGUACGUUUGUAAAACAUAUUUUACAACGGAAGUAAUCUUGUAUGCUACGCGAGCGGACCGAAUGAGCUUAAACAAUAUGUUUAAGAAAAGCAAAAGCAAAAUGUUGGUGGAUGAAGAAGAGGACGACAUAUCUUGGCAUCACGACCACGCACGUAAGAAUGAGGGAGCAAAAGAAGUGGAGGAAACACUGAGCCCCUCAACAAAGGAACUUAAGCUGAAAAAAAUCAAGUCCAAGAGAGAACGAGGAGAUAAAAAACUGUUCCCAUCACUGGAUGAUGAGCAUAUCCUGCUAACCGGCGUCACUCUCUCAGACAGAAGAGGGUCCCAGAGGAAGAGCUGGGAGGAGGACAGAGGUAAGCAGCACUCAGAGAAAGACAAGACACACUGCUUCUGGGAUAGUGUUACCACGACAAUGAGACAGAUCACACCAACAAGGAAGGUAGACAAGAUUGAGGGCUGGGAGCCACCAAGACUAAGUGAGGGACCAGAUGGAGGAGAAGAAGAAGAAGAGGAAGGAGGAGAAGGAAGCAAGAGAGAGAGGAGAAAAAAGGAUGAACCAAAAAACCCCUCACCUCUCUCCUCCCCUCUGUCUAUUUCCCUGCCCCAGUCUCUAAGUUUGCCACCCUGGACGGGCCUUGGUCUGGAGGCCGACUCAUCGUGCUACUCCAGCCUGUCUGAAUCUCAGGCUGGGGGCCCCGUGCGGUGGGCUGCUCGGGCACGUGGAAAACUGGCCGCUGUGCGCAGACGGAGUCCCUCCAGCCUGUCGGAGAGUACAUGGGAAGGGUUAAAGUGAGUCAGCAGUAUCUCUUCGUCAACCCAUCCCCUCUGUGUCUUAGUGUGGGAUUGUAGCCAUGCCCACAUUGCUGCUCUGAUCUGAUUGGACUGAUGCAGUUUGGAGACAGACUAAAGUGUCCAAUCAGAGCAGGACAGAACAAGUUUUAACGCUGUCUGUUGAGUGUUUCAGGACACAGAAUUGAUCAGUAUAGCAACAGCAUGCUACAGAAAUCUUUAAAUGUCGCUUAAAAUUUAGACUUAACAUAGAUAAUUAGAGUACUAG